UUUAUGCCGGGUUGGCAGGACUGGUCCAGUGAGCAACAAGCAAAUUUUUUGACAAUGUUUUCGUUGUUGUUGUUGUUGUCGGUGUUGUUUGUUUACGGCUUCGAGGAAUUUCUGAACAACAUGUUUUAAGGAGACCGGUGAAGACGAAGAGCCAGAGAGAGAGAGAGAGAUGGCGAGCUUUCGCAUAAACUGCAUGGACUUUUACACCGCCAAACCCGUGCACGACUUGGACGUCUUCAAUUCCGAGUUCAGGGGUGAGGUGGUCGAGAGGGUUCCGGUGAUCAGGAUCUACGCCUCAUCCGAUGCCGGUGUUAAGGCGUGCGUUCACGUACAUGGAGUGUUUCCUUACAUAUAUGUACCAUACGAGGAAACUGAUGACAUUUCGAUUAAGCAUAGGAUUGCCAGAACGUUGGACGAAGCAAUCAACAUCUCCAUGGGUCAAGGUUCCUCCAAACAACAACACGUCUAUAAUAUAGAAUUAAUCUCUUCAGUACCAUUCUAUGGUUACCAUGCUAAGGAGGCUCUUUUCCUGAAAAUCUCUUUUUACAAUCCGCGGUUCGUCCGCAAAGCAUGUUCCUUGUUGGAGAACAGUUCGAUAAUGGGCAGAUGCUUCCAGCCGCACGAGGCGCACAUUCCGUACCAUCAGCAGUUCAUGAUCGACUACAAUCUGCACGGCAUGAAUAUGAUCAAGUUAGCAAAGUUUAAGUUCAGGACGAAGAAGAUGAGCGUCUGCAGCAUCGAGGUGGACGCUCUUGAAGAGGAUAUAUUGAAUCGCGCGGAAAUUGGUAAAAUGUCCAAUCCGGGUAUAGACUAUAUACGGGAGGACGAGAGGCAGAGGCGCUUGAAGAUGGGAAGGGAAGAUGAGCUGGAGGAGAUCCUGACGCAGAAUCGUGGCAAAGAUGUGAAGCCGUGUCCCAGCGACGUAAAGUUCAAAGCGCUGCUCGAGAAGAAGCUCGAAGAGGAGCCCAGCUUCCUGGACAACAGCUUCGCGAACGACACUCUGACGGACAACACGCUCAUCGAGCAGGACGCCGAGGACUUGUUAAACUUGCUCAACGACGACGACGACCUGGAGUUGGACAGCAUACUGUCACAGGUUUCCAAAGGCCAAGGGGAGGAGGAGGAGGAAGAGGAGAACGAGUUGGAUUUGACGAUGUCGUUGAACGCCAUCCUCACGCCUGAGAUGCCGUCCACGUUCGAGUUCAACCUACCAGAAUUCGACGGUAACACGGAAAAAACUGGGGAGGACGUUGAGACCCUGAAUGGCAUUUACUCGAAGAGGCGGAAGAUUGCUCAACUCGAUGGGGAGGAUGAUUCCUCCGACGGAGAAUUAAUGAAUUCCAAGAAGAAGGUUCCGAGGAAGACGACGGCAUCGCGCGCUCUGUUUCAAACGCUUCCGGUCAUGGUUCAUUCUCCGAAGAAGAGGAGCAUCGAAUCGACUGAAACAAACUUGCCAAAGACUGAAUCGUCAGAUAGUGAUAACUUUGAGACGAUAAGUGUGUGUGAUAGCAAAUCCAAAUGCGUGAAGAUGGAGCAUGUUGUGGAGAAGGAGAGACCGUCGCAACCACCGCCGGCGGCCGUCACCUGCACCACCACCAUCUCCAACAGCGCGAGCACAGGAUACGGAAACUUUCGACCGAACAAUUCGGUCUUCGAGAACUUCUCCAUCCAAGACGGGGACGAGUACUACGACAGCUGCGACAUCGACGGCUUGGAGAUCGUGGAGCUGUGUCCGUCGGAGGAGACCGAUUUGAAUCUGAAUGCCUCGGAGAAGUACGAUAUUAGGCACAACUUUUUCCCGCUGCCGUCAUCGUCGACGGUCAGCCACUUCCCGGGGAAAUGUAUAGUCAAUAUAAGUGAUCAGCUAUCGUACAUCAUCGAGCAGAGGACCAGAGAGCCCGUGACAAAGGGCAGAAUCGACAUGGGACCUGCGCCGAGCCGUAAAUUAAUCGAGGACACGCUGCCCAAGUACGAUCUUCCUCUAGUCAGAAACCAGGAUCCGUACUACGGGGAUCCAAAGGAUGUGACCGGCAGCGUGGAGAUCGGCCUGAAUGUUUUGAGGAUCGGCGGGAAAUACGAUGUGGAAGAUUUCGAUACCAAUUUCUCGGGGAUUAACGAAGCACGAAAAGAGAUUUGCGGUGAUAACGCCAAAGCUCACUUCAGAUUGGAAGAAUGUUCGCAAGAGGAUUGCGUAUUGGAGCCGGUGAAAAAGCCUCCGACGAGGGAGGAGAUCUGCAGGAGGGAGUAUAACGAGGUGAAGGCUAAACUGGACGAGUCGUGUCGCAUAAGCGGGGCGACGAUGAAUAAUACUCACGGCUUCGAGAUGUCACUGGAGAAUCUACAAGAGGCCAAAUCGCUCAGCGAGCAUCAAUUGUUGACCACCCUCGUGUUGGAAUUGCAUGUGCAGUGCAGAGGGAACCUGAAGCCAGAUCCUCAGUACGACGCCAUCCGCGCGAUCUUUUAUUGCCUGGAGCAAGAUGUACCUGAUAAGAAGCAGACCACUGGGAUAAUUGCUGUGAAUACACAAAACCUAAGUCCGAUCAAAGAGAAGAACGGUGAUCUUCUGGAUGGCGCCGGAGUGGAAUGCGAUCAAAUAUUGUACGUUGCCGACGAGUUGGCUCUUUAUAAACAAUUACUCGAACUGGUCAAAACCCACGAUCCCGAUAUAUUCGUCGGCUACGAGAUCGAGAUGAACUCCUGGGGUUACCUGAUCGAUCGCGGUUACACGCUGGGUAUAAAUUAUCUAACGCAAUUAUCCAGAAUAGUAGAAGAUUCCAAAAUGAAGCAAUCCGACCACGAGGAUCAUCACAGCGAGUUAAAGGUCACCGGUCGAAUCGUUUUGGAUUUUUGGCGACUGAUGAAGCACGAGAUUGCACUGCAGAGUUACACCUUCGAGAACGUCAUUUACCACGUGAUGCACGAGAGGACCGCUCGUUAUUGCCUAAGAGAUUUGACCAAUUGGUGGGUCCAUCGAGUACCAAAAUAUAGAGCGAAAACGGCCGAAUAUUACCUGUUCAGGGUGAGAGGGAUAAUGCGUCUUAUGGAGCAUCUGGAUCUGGUCGGUAGAACCAGUGAAUUGGCACGUUUAUUCGGAAUACUCUUCUACGAGGUGUUGUCACGCGGAACGCAAUUCAGGGUGGAAUCGAUGAUGUUGCGGAUGGCGAAACCGUUGAAUUUCGUACCAGUUUCGCCGAGCGUGCAGCAACGCGCCAAGAUGCGAGCACCGGAAUAUCUGCCGCUGAUACUCGAGCCCGAAUCAAAGUUCUACAAGGACCCAGUUAUAGUCCUCGACUUCCAGAGCUUGUAUCCGUCUAUGAUCAUAGCAUACAACUACUGCUUUUCGACGUGCGUGGGUCGCAUAGAGCAUUUGGGCGGGGACGGGUACUUUGAAUUUGGAGCCACACAGCUGAAGAUGCCGCCGAAACGGUUGAAGCGUUUACUCGACAAUAACAAAUUAAACUUUUCGCCUUGUGGAAUCGGAUUUGUUAAGAAAGAGGUUCGUCUGGGAAUACUUCCAAAGAUGCUGCAAGAGAUUUUAGAUACCAGAUUGCUGGUGAAGAAGGCUAUGAAGGAGGAGAAAGGCAACAAGACGAUGCAGAGGAUCCUGCAUUCACGACAGCUUGGUCUGAAGCUCAUAGCGAACGUAACGUACGGUUAUACCGCUGCUAACUUCAGCGGUCGAAUGCCGGCCGUGGAGAUCGGCGACAGCGUUGUGGCAAAAGGUCGAGAGACUCUGCAGAGGGCCAUCAAUUUGGUGGAGAAUACGGAAAGGUGGAAUGCGCGAGUCGUGUACGGAGAUACAGACUCGCUGUUCGUUUUGGUGCCGGGUCGAAGUCGUAAGGACGCGUUUAGAAUAGGCGCAGAAAUCGCCGAAGAAGUUACCAAUGCGAAUCCGAGUCCGGUACGUUUGAAGCUGGAGAAGGUAUACGACCCGUGCAUCCUCCAGACGAAGAAGCGCUACGUGGGAUACCUGUACGAAACCAAUGACCAGGAUAAGCCGGAUUUCGAUGCCAAAGGUAUAGAGACGGUGCGGCGCGACGGUUGUCCUGCCGUCUCGAAGAUGCUGGAGAAAUGUAUCAAGCUGCUGUUCGAGACGCGCGACGUGAGUCUGAUCAAAAAGUACGUGCUGCGGCAGUUCGACAAGCUGAUGAUGAACAAGGUCAGCAUACAGGAUUUGACGUUCGCCAAAGAAUUUCGCGGAAUCGCCGGGUAUAAGCCGAGCGCCUGCGUUCCAGCACUGGAAUUAACCAAAAAGUGGAGGUUGAGCGAUAACAGGAACAUACCGAGGAGCGGAGAAAGAGUACCCUACGUCAUAAUCAACGGUCCUCCGGGUCUUCCUCUGAUCAAGCUGGUGAGGAGUCCGUGGGAUCUCAUCGAAGACACCAAUCUCAGGCCAAACGCCAUCUAUUACAUUACCAAAAUCAUUAUCCCGCCUAUAAAUCGAUGCCUCCUGCUGAUUGGCGCCGAUUUGCGCACCUGGUUCAAUGAGAUGCCACGCAAACAGAUGCAAUCGUUACCCGUGUCCUCGCCGUCCAAGGGACCAAAGACCACCAUCUCCCAAUACUUUGCGACGACGAGUUGCGCCUGCUGCACCCAACAGACCAAAGACGGUGUUUGCUGCAAAUGCUGGCAAAAUCCGCAAAAAGUUGCGAUGAUCCUUCAAGAGAAACUAAGGAUUUGGGAACGCAAUUAUUACGAAACCAAAAAGAUAUGUCAAUCGUGUUGCAACAGAAGCACAGACUUGUGCUGCAACUCUCUGGACUGUCCCGUUCUUUAUCGCAGUUACCAAACCGGGAAGGAUCUGCAGCAGAGCGAAUUCGUGAGGGGCCUGAUGGACAAAUUACCCGCGCUCGAUUUCUAAAAAAAAAAAAGAAGAAACAAAAA